UUUCAGAUGAUCUAGACAAGUUACAGCACAAUGGCCGCGACCAUGCAUCGUCUGCGAGCUGGAAGGUUGUCAGGUCUUUUGAGUUCUUUCGUCAAGGAUUCUCAGAGAGUUGUAAAACCUUGUGCUGCAGUUCAGACAAAGACAUGUCACAAACGAGAUUACACUGGUGAGAACCUGGCCAAAUAUGGAGGAAGAAAUAUGGUGACAGCUUUGACUGGAGAUGGUGUUGGACCAGAGCUCCUUUCUCAUGUCCAGGAGAUAUUCAGGUAUGCUGGAGCUCCAGUUGACUUUGAGCAAAUAGAAAUCAAUGCAAGCUCAUCCGAUCCAGAUUUCUUAAAGAAAGCUAUGUUGUCAGUGCAGAGGAAUGGAGUAGCCCUGAAAGGGAACAUUGAAACAAAAUUUGAUGACCCGAGUUUCAGGUCUAUGAAUGUUGAUCUAAGGGUACAGUUACAGCUGUUUGCCAGUGUUGUAUGGUGCAGGUCUCUGCCUGGUGUACCCACCAGACAUAAGGAUAUAGACAUAAUACUCAUCAGGGAAAACACAGAGGGGGAAUACUCCAACCUGGAGCAUGAGAAUGUCCCCGGAGUUGUGGAAAGUUUAAAAAUAAUAACUGCAGAAAAAUCCACAAGAAUAGCCAAAUAUGCAUUUGAUUAUGCUCAACAGAAGGGAAGGAAGAAGGUGACAGCUAUACACAAAGCCAAUAUAAUGAAGUUGGGUGAUGGGCUGUUCCUAGAAAGUUGUCGCCAAGUUGCCUGUCUGUACCCUGAUAUUGAGUUCAAUGACAUGAUUGUUGACAAUGCCAGCAUGCAGAUGGUGUCCCGGCCCCAGCAGUUUGAUGUGCUCUUGAUGCCUAACCUAUACGGAAACAUCCUAAGUAACAUCGCAGCAGGCUUGGUAGGCGGCCCUGGGGUUGUGCCUGGUGUCAAUAUUGGGCAGGAUUUUGCUGUGUUUGAAAUGGGCACAAGAAGUUCUGGCCGAUCUCUGAAAGGCAAAAAUGUAGCUAAUCCAACUGGCAUGCUGCUUGCAAGCUGCGAUAUGCUGGACUAUUUAGGACACCGUAAACAUGCUGAAAUGAUAAGGGACUCUGUGAUGACAGUCAUGAAUGAAAAUAAGGUCCACACACCAGAUCUGGGAGGCCAGGCAACUACUCUGGACUUAGUGCACGCAGUCAUUGAUGAUCUCAAACCUAAAACUCAGAGCUGGAUUGAGAAGUAGGUGAUCUAAUUCUCGUUGGACAACAUUAAGAAUCUCUGCAGUACAGUUAAGAUGUUACCAUCUGGACAAGAUUAUUGCUACUGAAACCAUGGAUUACACAGACUUCGUUUCGGCAGAGAAAUAAUUGACAAGUCAUAAACAUCAUAUGAUAUAUGUACUUUAUAUUAGAAUAGACAGUGUUAUUAAACCAUUGCCUCUCGUUAUAGGUGCAAUAUAAUAAGUGUUCCUUGUGAAUGACACGUGGUGUAUAUGUCGUGCUACAGUUAUGUAGUAUUGUUAUGUAUAUUGACUGAACGCAAUAUUGCAUAUAAUAGAUUAAUUAAUAACCGUAUCGUGAGUAGUAAUUUGGUUAUAUACCUAUAUAGAAAUAAAUACAGACAGUCUACUGAAAUCCAAAUUCAAUUAGGAUAUUUCUGUCAUAGUUAACGUUCACUCAAAGUUAAAGUGAUAUCUGAACCUUUUAUAGACUAAGAUGAAAAUUAAAAAUAUGUAUUAUUGUGAUCAUCGCAAGUAGUGUCCAAUGUAAUUAUUUGGAUUGGAAUGUUCCUUCGUUAGUUUUAAACGUUCUGUAUAUUUUAAAUUGUACUUGUAUAUUUAUUGCUAUUAAAAACUUUAAUUAUGUGCAA